GAGCAGGUUAGACCCCCGCCGCUGAAUGGGGUCUCUUCCACAGGGGUCACGAUCGCAGGACCCUAGUGCUGUGCGUGCGCUCCGAGUCUCCAGUCCACCAAGGGCAUGCGCCGCCGCUAAAUAAGAAGUGCGCCCUGCGGGGGGCACGCGUUGCCAGGCUGACAUCACCGCACAUCGCUGACUUCUCUUUUUUUUUUUCUUUUUUUCUUUCUUUUCUUUUCUUUUUUUUUUUUUUCUCUUCAGUUCCGAGGAGCGCUGAUGCGCCGACGGCACGCCGCCAGUGGAGCGCAGGAGGCUGCGCACGCCCCUCGUCUGCUCUGCUCUGCUCUGCUCGGCUCUCCUCGGAGCCCGACGGAUAUUUUUGGCAGGUGAUUCCCUGGAGCGGACGAGCCGCCGCGAGUCGCGAGUCUCAGAGGAGGACACCUCGUAGAUCUCUUAACGGCGAAGUCGCCACAACUCCCGGUCAGCCCCUUCUCGUCUGACGGGGCAGGAAACACACAGGAGGCGCUGCGUGGGACGACCGCAGUGGCAGGAGCUGCGCGGUUCUCUUCGUCCCCCCGGACUUUUUAGGGCAGGAGCCUCGUGAAAGUUCGGCGGGAGGAGAGGCAGGAGUGUCGCCGAGAGGAGCCCCCCCCACAAGCCCUGCGCGUCCCGGACCCCGGGAUCAGAAACAAGACCUUCGGCUGCUGCUAACGGACUCGGGCGAGCCGAGAAGAGCAGGCGGCAGGGCCAGAUGGGCUAAUCUCACCUCCAUGCUGCUUUGUUCAUUGGCUCACCCAUGGGCACCUCAUGAUGCUAGCCCUUCAGUUCCAGAACAUGUCUAUGAAUCCAGACGGCGCCUUCAAUGCCAGCGUUCUGGGCGAGCAGAGGAAUGGCACAGUGGAAGGAGAUGAGCUGGAAAGCAAAGCGCCAGUCCUGACUCAGCCAGUGGUCGCCUCUUCUGCCUCACCCGCCAUCCCGGGCUUAUCAAUGACACUGGGGGCAAUGUCCAACAUCAUCGCCCUGGUCAUCUUGGCGAAGUCCUAUGCCCGUUUCCGUCGACGGUCCAAGGCCACGUUCCUGCUCUUUGCCAGCAGCCUGGUGGUGACGGACUUUGCAGGUCACGUUAUUCCCGGAGCCUUCGUACUGCGACUGUAUGCUGUGGGCAUGAAGUGGCAUGCCAUUGACCAUUCGGGAGCGCUUUGCCAACUGCUGGGUGCCUGCAUGGUAUUUUUUGGCUUGUGUCCCCUUUUCCUGGGAUGUGCGAUGGCCAUCGAGCGCUGCGUGGGGGUGACACGUCCCCUCCUGCACUCAGCCCUAGUGACUUCAACUCGGACUAAACUGACCCUGGCAUCAAUUUGGCUGUUCGCCUUGUGCAUUGCCCUGCUGCCCACGUUGAACUUUGGCAAGUACACGACACAGUACCCUGAGACCUGGUGCUUCAUUGGCGUUCACGGGCACACGCGGGUCUCCGAUGUCGCCUUUGGACUGCUCUUCUCCCUGCUGGGGCUGGCUUCCCUGGCAGCUGCCCUGCUCUGCAACACGAUAAGUGGCAUCACACUGGUGUCUGCCCGCCUCCGUAAGCGUGUCUGCAACCGAAGAGCCAAGUCCCACGACAUCGAGAUGGUGGUGCAGCUCCUGGGCAUUAUGGUGGUAUCAUGCAUCUGCUGGAGUCCCAUUCUGAUCUUCGUGGCGAUGUCAGUGACCAAGUCGUACGGUGACACCGACUACAAUGUCCAGCACUACAGGUGGCUCAUGUUUCUGGGCGUCCGACUGGCCUCCUGGAAUCAGAUCCUUGACCCCUGGGUCUACAUCCUGCUGCGGCGGGCCGUGCUGAGGAAGAUCUACCAGAUCGUCAUGCGGCAGAGGGACCUGGCGGGCAGCAAGCUGGGCCGCUGGGAAGUCAGCUCUUUCCAGAGCUCUGAGAGGACGGUGAUGAACAGGGUCUAAGCCGCUGCCCGGCGCAGAGACCACCCGGCUGUGAAGGAAUGCGGUGCCUCACCGGGCAUCAUGGCAGCCGAGAUUGGACGUGUAACUCUGUGGCAGCAGCAGGCCUCACCAGGUCUCGGCGUUGUCAAGCAUGGCAAACACUGAAAGGGGCGCUAAUGAGUGCCAGCGCUGCUGCUGCUUGUGUGGGCACGGCUUUGGGCACCUCUAUAACGGGCAUUGUGAAGGAAGGAGCCACACGAGUCGGUCAGCCACCCUGUGGCAAGAAUUCAAGUUCGCCCACUCGAGUUUGUCUCAGGAACUGGGAAACGAAACCUGCAUGUAAAUACGAGCAAGAAUAUACAUUUGUAAAAUAAAUACUAAUAAAGCUAAUUUAACACUUUUUAAAAAGA